CCUUUUGCGUUGGAUUGUUUACUUUGAUUGUGAUGGUUGCCACUUGCCCCAAAUGCCUCCAACUUGAUUAAGACAAGCUGAGUAUAUAUAUGUGUCUGUCUGUUUAAGUUUUCAUGCAAAUUGCUCUUAAGAAUUCUCGUGGUUGUAGUUGGUUUUUUUAAAUGAAGUAGCAAAUUCUGUACUGGGAUUGCCUGACUUGAUUAAUGGUGGUUGCUAGUGUUCAUAAGAAGGCUUGUUUGCUAACUUGUAUCUUGGAACCAAGAGAGCGGAUUUAUAUCUCUAAUGGCUAUCCGUCACUGCUUCGACAAAGAUGUUGACCAGGUGCUGUUCGAAGGAAAUUCAUGUGUGAAGAAGGUGAUACUGAACAGACCACACAAGUUAAACAGCCUCACCUAUCACAUGACCUGUCAGAUGAUCAAGGAGUUGAAAGCUUACGAGGUUGAUCCUAAAGUCAAAAUUGUGAUAUUGAAGGGGAAUGGAAAGGCAUUUUGUGCUGGUGGUGAUGUCUUGGCAUCAUAUACUUGUAUGGUUGCAGGGCACUGGAGCUAUGGAAUAAAUUUUUACAAGAAACAAAUCAUGUUGGACUACUUGGUUGCAACAUAUGGAAAGCCUGUGGUUGCAAUUAUUGAUGGGAUCGUGAUGGGAGGUGGUGCUGGGCUAUCCCUGCAGGGAACUUUCAGGAUUGUCACUGAAAAUACUGUGUUCGCCAUGCCAGAGACAGCAAUAGGACAUUUUACUGAUGUUGGGUCAUCAUAUUUCCUUUCCAGGCUCCCUGGAUUUUUUGGUGAAUAUUUGGGACUUACUGGAACUAAGAUUAGAGGAGCAGAAAUGGUUGAGUGUGGCCUUGCAAAUCAUUUCAUGCUCUCAAAGGAUGUCCGUUUGUUGGAAACUGCACUAGAUGAAGUAACUUCUUCUGAUACGAAAACAAUUUCUGAGAUCAUCAGCAAAUUUAUGCACAAACCAAAUGUUAAACAGCAUGGUGCUUUUAGCAGAUUGGAGAUCAUCAACAAAUGUUUCUCAAGAACAACAGUCGAAGAAAUACUAUCAUCACUGGAGAGUGAGGCAGAAACUAGAGCAGAAAAGUGGAUUCUUGAGGCAAUCAACUGGAUGAAAUCAGCCUGUCCAACGAGCCUCAAAAUUUCCCUUAGAUCGAUUAGAGAGGGCCGCACGCAAGGACUUGAGCAAUGCCUCAUCCAGGAAUUUACUGUUGGUUCCCACAUUGCGAGAAGAACAGUUAGCGAUGAUUUUUAUGAGGGAACGAGGGCCAUGUUGUUGGACAAAGACAGAAAUCCCAAGGUGCAUAUGUGGGAUCCUUCAAAGUUAGAGCUAGCGACUGAUGAAAUAGUGGACCGAUAUUUCUCCAGAGCUGAUGAAGAUUACAUGGAAUCCCUUCAACUUCCUACCAGAUCCAACUUAGUUGAUACCAUGAGGCCAAAACUUUGAAACUGGAAAAGCUUUAGGCGGUGAUCAGGACUAUCUUUCUCCAUGAUCACAGAAGCAGACGGUUGUAUAAUUAAUGGACGAUGUCUUAAUUAAAUAAUGCACUCUUUUCCAUUGGAGAAAAUUCUAUUUUUCAUGCCUCCACCCCUACUUUUUACACUUUAUAUUGUUGCCUUGA